GCAGGGGCAGGGCACAGACCGCCCGUCAACGCAAUGGCGACCUCCGCGCUUUCCUGCUCCCCCGGCCUUCUCUUGACCCUCUUCCUCCUUGCCACGUCGGCGGCCUCGGAGGUGACCGUGCGCAUCACGCACACCAUGAUCGGGUGCUACCCGGCGGCCACCAACGACAGCAGCUUCAACGCGACGGCGUUCCGAGCCAGCCUGCUCCCGCUCCUCGGCGCGCUCCCAUCUGCCGCCGCGCCGACGGGCUUCGCGUCCCUGAGGUCCGACCGCGCGUUCGCCCGCGGGGUCUGCUUCGGCGACGCCGCGCCGUCCGGCUGCCUCGGGUGCCUGUCCGUGGCGGGCAAGAACCUGACCGACGGCUGCGGCGCCACCAUCCGGCUUGCCGGCGUCUGGAACGACGGCUGUUUCGUGUCGUAUGCCGACACCGCCGCCCCCUCGGGCACCACACUGGUCUCCACUGCGCUGGUGCCUCGCAGCGAACCCAGCGACCCCAGCGACCCCAACGGCUUCAGCAACCUUACUAUCGGUCUCUUCUACGCCCUUGUAGCCAUGCAGUUCAUCAACCUGAUGCUGACAAUCGCUAAUGUUUUAAACUGACCGGUGAAGAGAAGAAUGCAAUGGAUGAAGAUGAAGAGCCACCCGAUCCUCUUAGCCGUGUUCAUCCUCGCUGUCAUUUGCAUCGUACCCCUCUUGGCUUUCUUCAUUUGUGUGUUGCUCUUAUGUUGUUGUUAAUUAAACCCAUGGCGUAGGGUUGUAGUGAAGCAGACAGACAGAGUAGUAUGUAGUACUAUGUAGUAGUAUAUCUUUGGAUCACCCUUAAUUGCUAGGGAUUAAUUAGCUGGCCGCCUUAAUUUUCGAGCUACUGCAUGUACGACAUACGUACGCGAUCCAUCUCUGAGUGUCAAAGUAGGCGUGCGUUGGGUCGAUCUCCAUGCUACUCCAGAUAGGGAAAUGGUGGGUGGUACGCACCACUGGCAGCCUCACAGAUUAAUCUCGACC